AUGUCUUCUCAGGCCCCGACGCUAGUGGAUCCCGAGACACAUACCGAAGCCUUGCCCUAUCGCCCACAUCGAUCUGGUGGUCUGCAGAAAUUUUAUCGUACAGCUUGUUGUGGUUCGAUUGUCGGAAUACUGUUAUGGGUCUUUGCACUCCUUUUCGCUAUAUUUGUCCCGAUUGGUGCACUUCUUGCACGAGGCCAGCUCCAUUCUUCGGGCUUGAACACUGCUUCCACGUCUAUGUCUACACUAACAACAACGUCAACUACUACUGCAGUUUCGACCGACGUUUCCAGGCUCAUGUCAACAAUCACCACCGUCUCUAUAGCUACUACCGUCAGCAUAUCAAUCGUCACAUCGAUGGUGACCUCCAUCUCGGUGUCAAUUGUCACAUACUCUCCACCACCUACAGUCACUGUCACAACUGCACUCACUACUACAGAUGGAACCACGAGCCUUUCGACGGUCACAGAGGAGUCGGACACUGCAGCCAUAACCGAGACAAUUGAGACCACCACCAUUGUUCCGUCUCCUUCCACAAGCGCUCCAAGCACUACCACCAGCAUAGACGAACCUGUGGUUGUUCCAACGACGGUCUUCUGGCCAUCCACUCUCACGUUGACUGACAAAGAGACUGAGACUCUCAGGGCGUCGAUGGCGUCGAUCAUAGUUCCGGUACUGCAACCGACGCCACAUUCUACGUCAGUGAAAUCGUCACCUACCAAAACUGCAUCAAUCAAGACAACAAAAGCGCCUAAUCAUACAUGUAAGGGAAUCGAAAGUCCUGAAGAUUGUCUGAUCUCAUUUCUGCCCGCUGCCGGAGGAUAGCCUUGAAGCGGCUACAGCUCCCUGGUUGCCUGGAGUCUGCACGGGCGUGCAUUUUCGUUGAACGACAAGGUCGCUAACAAUCUUCAGGGCUUGCGACUCUCUUAGAUCGGAAGCUGAAUAGUUGC